CAGUGCAGCAUUUCAUGGUGCAGGGUGGAAACGCGCGCUGCCAUCUGCCACGAUCUCGAGCUUCUUCCUGCAGCCAUCCACCUCAUCCACCACUGCAGGGGGAAAAAAACUGUUUAUUUUUUUUCUUAAUUAAAAAAAAAUUUAUAAAACAAGAACAGCAAAAAAAAAAAAAAAACUUCCCACAUGCGAGCCCGACAGGAAAGAUGCCGCCAGCUCUCAGGAUUUGGGCUCUGCUGUGUGUGUCGCUGUGCAGCCUGUGCCAGCCGGCUCUUCUGAAAAAGGCUUUCCGAUGCCCUUCAACAUGCAGCUGCUCCAAGGAGUCCAUCAUAUGCGUCGGCUCCUCCAACAUCCCGCGGAUUGCCCCCAACGAGAUCACUUCACUGAGUAUCGUCAAUGGGACUUUCUCUGACGUCAGAGAGGCGAUGUUUGCCCACAUGCCCACCCUCCAGCUACUACUUUUGAAUUCAAACUCCCUAACGACUGUAAGAGAUGAUGCCUUCUCAGGCCUUCCUCAUCUGGAGUACCUGUUCAUUGAGAGCAACAAGCUGGAGACUACGUCUAAAUAUGCCUUCAGAGGACUCAGGGACUUGACUCACUUGUCUCUGGCAAACAACAACAUUAAAUUCUUACCCAGGGACGUUUUCAUUGACCUGGACUCGCUGAUAGAGCUGGACUUGCGAGGCAACGCCUUUGAGUGCGACUGCAGGGCCAAAUGGCUCAUGAUGUGGCUGAAGAGCACCAACGCCACGGUGUCGGAUGUCGUGUGUGCCGGACCGGACGACAUGAAGGGCAAGCGCCUCAAUGACAUGAACAGCCUGCACAAUGAGUGCAUAUCGACGGAUUUUGUCCUUCAUCAGUCCGUGGCCUCUGAGUCUCUGUCAGUUGAUACGUUCAGCUUCAAGAAUGAUGUCUAUGUGACUAUUGCUGCUCCCAGCUCAGACAGCUGUAUGGUUUUACAGUGGGACCACAUCGAGAUGAACUUCAGGACGUAUGAUAACAUCACAGGUCAGUCCAUUGUUGGUUGCAAGACAGUGAUCAUCCAGGAAGAAGUUUAUGUCAUUGUGGCUCAGCUGUUUGGUGGUUCCCACAUUUACAAGUUUGAUGAUGACCAAAGCAGGUUCAACAAGUUCCAGGAUACCGAAGUGUCCAAGAUCUCCAAACCCAAUGACAUUGAGGCCUUUCAGAUCGGAGCAGACUGGUUCUUUGUCAUCGCAGACAGCUCCAAAGCAGGCUUGUCAACCCUCUACAAGUGGAACGAUAAUGGAUUUUACUCAUACCAGUCCCUGCACGAGUGGUUCCGUGACACAGACGCAGAGUUCCUCAACCUAGAUGGGAAGGCUCACCUAAUCUUGGCAAGUCGCUCGCAGGUUCCAGUCAUCUACCAGUGGAGCCGUAGCAACCAGAAGUUCAUCCUGCAGGGUGACAUCCCCAACAUGGAGGACGUGGUAGCUGUGAAACACUUCCGGAUCAAAGAGGAGCUCUAUCUUUCCAUGACCCGCUACAUCGGUGACUCCAAGGUCCUAAAGUGGGGACCCAAACAGUUUUCAGAGAUCCAGGCUGUUCCGUCCCGAGGUUCCAUGAUCCUGCAACCAUUUACAUUCAAGGACCGCCACUACCUGGCUCUGGGAAGUGACUAUACGUUCUCGCAAAUCUACCUGUGGGACGAUGAGAAGAAAAUCUUUGACCGCUUCAAGGAAGUGUACAUCCAAGCACCGCGCUCAUUCACCGUGGUCUCCACUGACCGCAGGGACUUUAUAUUUUCAUCGAGCUUCAAGGGAAACACACAGAUCUUUGAACACGUCAUUAUUGACUUGACCUUGUGAGGGGCUGCGGCUUAUUGUCUCUCCUAUGAUCAAAUGUCUUCCAUUCAAAAGAUAUAUGAAUAAAACAAAGGAAAAAGACUUGAAGAAAUGGGUAAAUUCCAAUAGAUACAUCAUCAUAACUCAUAAUAAAGCUUGGUGAGGUAUUGACUUGUUCUAAAGACGCCCUUCUGGAUUCACCCAAAGCUAAAAUGACCUAAAAACUUUUUCUUUCGCUCUUAUUUUUGCCAACUGAGGACACAGUAGAUAUGUUUGCCUCUUUCUUCAGGCCUUCAUAUAUUUUGCUGUCCUUUCAGAGAAGACCUAAAGUGCUCUGAUGGGCUAACAGUGCCUCCUCCUGGCCGUGAUGGAGUAUUUCACCUUUUUUUCCUUACAGGGAAUGUCUCAAAAGCACAAACCUUUAACUAUCAUAGCUGAAAUCUUAGAAUGUAGCUGAAUAGUAGAAAUGUUACUGUAGGUGCUAUUGAUUGUACACAGCAAUUUACUACUAAUAAAAAAAAAUUAGUAAAUGGCUGUUUCGGGAGCUAAUAUUCAGUUUAGGAUCUACAGUACAGUCCAAAAGUUUGGACACACCUUUUCAUUCAAUGAGUUUCCUUUAUUUUCAUGACUAUUGACAUUGUAGAUUCACACUGAAGGCAUCAAACUAUGAAUUAACACAAGUGGAAAUGUGUACUGAAAAAAAAGUGUUAAACAACUGAAAAUGCGCCUUAUAUUGUAGUUUCUUCAAAGUAACAACCUUUUGCUGUGAUUACUGCUUUUGCACACACUCUGCAUUCUCAUGAUGAGCUUCAAGAGGUCGUCACCUGAAAUGGUUUUCAGGUGUGCCCCGUCAGGUUAGUAAGUGGCUGUCUUGCCUUAUAAAUAGUCAUGAAAAUAAAGGAAACCCACUGAAUGAGAAGGUUGUGUCCAAACUUUUAAUCUGUACUAUAUCUGAUUCUGCUUCAGAUUAAUUUACUUGUAAAAAAAAGAGUUCUCCAGGGUUUGUGUGCUGAUCAGGUAAAUUGAGCAUAUUUUCAAUUCUAAAAGUAAAAAAAAAGGUUUUUUGGUUUGUAUGGUAAGAUUUUUUUGAACCAUCUGAAAGAAAAAAAAUGUGUGUAAAUAUGUCCAGUGAAACUAAGAGUUUUUCUUGUUUUUUGUUUUAUUUUUCUUUCUUAAAAAUUAAUAUUGACUCCUUACCAGGUGUAUAUAUAAUCAGGACUCCAAUGCCACUACCUGUUCUUAAGAGUUAUUUGCACUUACUAACAAAAAUCAGUUGAUUCAGCCUGCAAGAGCAUGACAUUUAAAAAGUCAACUUAUUUUUAGACAAACCUGACAAAGACUUCAAAUGCUUUUAAUAAGAUGAAUGGCAUUGCAAGUAACUAAAAAAAUGAUGCAAGCUGUUAUUCUUUAGUGAGAUCUAGUUUGAAACUUACUGAAUGUUUCUGUUAAAAACUGCUGUACAUUGAAUAAUGAAAUAAAAGUGAAAAGAUAUUGUAAA